AUGUCUGUUGAGACAGCCCUCUACGAUCACCUGUGCAUCGCGUGCGAUGCCACCGUGGACGAUGUCAAACGCUCGUACAGGAAAGCAGCCUUGAAAUGGCACCCAGAUAGGAAUAAAGACAACCCCCGCGCCGCCGAGAAAUUCAAGCAGUGUUCGCAGGCGUACGAGAUACUCUCAGACCCCCAAAAACGUGCCAUCUACGAUGAGGCCGGGCUCGAAGGCGUUCUCAAGGGUGCCAGCACAAACAGCCAAUCUGUGUACAAAAGAAACACAUACAGCCGGUCUAUGCGCACGGCAGAUGCGGACGGCUUCCGUGGAUCCCGUGAGCGGCAGACGGGGGCCACCUCUUCAAGUUUCCGGUUUCAAGCAAGCUUUUCGUUCGGCCUUGGCAGUGGCUGGUCGUUUGGCUUUGGCAGCAGCAGCGGCAGCGUGAGCGGCACCGGCGGCGAUAACAACAGAGGGACAUCUCACGCUAGCUCCUCGAACAACGGCUUCGAGGACUCCUGA